AUGGCCGUUUCAGGCACCCCAAAACUGACUCUACUUUCGAACCUAGCACGUCCACUUCAAGAAAUUAUCCGCCCGCUGUCAUUAAAAGACUAUGUGGGACAAGAGCAUCUCAUUGAUAGCGAUGACGGCGCUAUAUCCAGCUUUCUCACUUUAGGCAUUCUUCCUUCUAUGAUUCUUUACGGGCCUCCAGGUGUGGGCAAAACUACAUUAGCACAUAUUCUAGCGGCCGAAACCAAUCAUGUGUUUCUUGAGCUCUCAGCUACAGAUUCAACUAUUGGAGAUAUGAGAGAAAUCCUGCAAGCAAUUAGACAAGAGAACGGAAAACGGGAUCGCCUGGGAGAUUUGCAUUUGAAAGUAGUUGUCUUCAUCGACGAGAUCCAUCGUUUCUCCACUACGCAGCAAGAUUUUCUUCUACCGUUCGUAGAGGCCGGAGACUUUGUAUUCAUUGGUGCUACUACUGUGAACCCCGAGAAAAGAAUCCGCCGUGCCAUUCUCUCUCGUUGUCAGCUUUUCCUGUUGCGAAAACUUGACAUUCAACACAUUGUGAAAGUUCUCCAGAAGGCAUCACUCCAUGAAAAUAUCCGGCGCAAAAAGUUGAAAGGGCUCAAGUUCAUCCAAUACAGUACAGAGGCUUUUCAAUUGGUGGCCUCGUAUGCUAACGGCGAUACGCGAAGCGCAAUCAACUUCAUUGAACUCAUCAGUUCUCGUAUGGAAGGAGAUGAUUGGUUGCUUAGUGAGAACGAGUAUAAAAAACCUGUGGAUAUACAUGUCGUUCAGGAAACCAUUAAUUCAUUGACAAAAGUUCGGCUUGGUUUACAGCACCAGGAGAAUGAACCAAUUGUGGCUGCAUUAUUCGAUAGCAUGAAUGGAGGUUUAUCGGCUUCGAGUAUCCUUCCUCUGAAAGGAGAUUAUGUUCUUUGGAAGCAUGAAGACAAUACCUUCUUCGUUCGAAUAAAACUCAACGCAGUUACUUUUGCAGUAUCUGAUCUAGAAAGCGAUAUAGAUGAUGUGCAAUUUGGUAGCGCAUGCAAGGAGAAAAUAAUAUCUCAAAAUGGUUCAAGUAAGGGUAUGGAGCCGUGGGUGGAACAUGUCGAUUUCUCAGAUGAUAGUGAUACGGAGCCAGGUCCCGUUUACUCUGAUGAUGACGAACGUUUUGUUCCAUUAAGUACUCGCAUUUCUUAUUCGAAACACAGAAAACUCACCUCAGUGCAUUUGCUUCUUCAGCUUUUGAAUAAAGGCGAGCAACCAAUGUUUCUAGCCAAGCAGCUCAUCUUGUACGCUUGUGCAUAUACCGAUCCGGUGUGUUAUGAGUUACCCAAAUUAUUUUCUACUAAAAAGUCUAUGGAGAAGGCAAAUGUUAAUAUUCUUGCACUUUUAAGCGACUGUGUACAGAGACUUUCAAACAGCCGAAAAUUGCAAACGCCGUCAUUAAUUGAACAAUCAAAGGCAAUACGAUCGUUUUUACAGUCCAAUAACAGUAUCGUUGAAGAAAAUGUGAUUCCUUGCGCCGAUUUUCCUAUCAUUUAUGACGAGGAACUUAAGUACAAUUUACUACAUGAUGCAAUGCAUAAGCCUAAGGGUGAUGAUCUGCUUGACGAUAUCGUCAUUGUUGAUCAUGUUGAUGAUCAUUAUACUAUGGGAUUUUAG